AAUUAUAAAAAACAAUCAUGAAUAAAACUUCACAUUUUUUAUAAUUUUGAAAACCGAAUUUUAACUGACUCUCAAAAGAAUGCGUAGCAUUUUAACUGGUCGAGAACUAGUCUUCAACAGACUGGUUGCAUUUGUAGUUGUAACAACAGUUUAGGGAAAGUCAUGCGAGAUAUAUAUGCCUUGAACUCCGAUAACUUAACUAUGUUAAUUUUACGCCUUUACAGAGCUAUGAAACCUCCGGCCUAUUUUUGGGUGAGUCUAGCGACGGUUUCACCACCUUGGCGACACUACAUCACGAGCCGCCACCUUCGUAUGAUGCUGUGGUGGCCAUGCAGGAGCAACAGUUGCUGCAACACCAACUCUACCAACAACAAUGCCAGCAACAGCACCAACAGCCAAUGCAUUUACAACACAGUUCCCCGCCGCCAGGCUAUCGUUCUACGCUCACCGUCAACGACAUGCCAACACCGACAAUAUCCGCGUCGGCCGCAACCAGCAACAUGGCCAUAGAUACGCUGAACAACGACAGCAACGGCAAUUUGAGCAACAGUUGCAACAUCAGCAUCAGCGGCAACAGCAUUGGCGGCAAUAGCUGCAGCAAUUUCUUUGCCUGUGGCAAACCUACUGCGUUGAGUAAUAGAUAUAACAACAACAGCAACAGUGCGGCCUUUUUCAACAUGAAGAAAGCGUUGAAUGCACAGUCAUGCUGCUCGUUGCAACGUGCCGAGGUCGAGAAUAUGUGGAACGCUGCCGCGGCUGCAGUGGCGGUGCGCGCCUCACAUGCCACAUCCUCGCCCUGCGGUGCCGCCAGUCUGACAGCGGACAAUGCAGUCGGUAGUAGCAACGGCAGCAACAACAACAACAGCCGCUGUCACAUAUCACCGAUGUUGCUGGCGCGCAAAUCAUUGCCGCUGCCAUUGACGUUGCCCGCGAAAUUCACAGCGAAAUCGGGCGCACGUCGUUACCUCGCACAUCACAGCACUUAUUAUCGUCGCGGUUGCCCACUAUGUGGCAAAUUUCGUUACGAUGUCGAUGAUGCGCUCACACUGUCAGUGGAGAGUGGAUUGGACGAACCCACAAACACUUCAACAUCAACAGCGGCAGCAGGGUGUGCGGUGGCGGCAGUAGCUGCUAAUGACAAUGUAGGUGAAGUAAGCGUCAGUCGGGAUUUGAGGUUAGGUGACAGCUGUCAGCAGCUAACUGCGUUAGACGAUGUGAUUUUGAAGGAAGGCAGGGGCGGAUGUGAACGCCGAUUGGCCGCAAGAAAAGCAGAUGCGUUGGAUCAUGAACAGUUAGAUAAAUGUGCGUGUGUCGUCAAUAUUUUAGAAUCCCCAACCACUGUUAUUAUUGAUAGCGAUUGCAAUGACAAGAAUAACAACAACAGCAUCGUACCAAUUAAUGCCGCAAACAACCUGAAAGCGCAAUCUAAUGAAUUGCACGACGAAACAACUGUUGAAAAUAAAACAGAAAUGAUCGAUCAGAAUGCAAAUGGUCGGGAAGUGCCUGAGAAUGAAACCGCGGUCGCAGCUCAGAGCAUGGAGAUGACCGAAAAUGCGAAUUUUGAAGUUGUUGGUUUAACCAACACUAGCAGCGCGUCAAAUGCUGACACCGAGGCAGCCACAAACACUACCCCGGAUGAUGUUUCGUCGCCGAACUCACCGGAGCAUAAUACUUUGGAUGUUCUUAAUGCCAAUAGCGGCAUCAUUAGAGUCGAUAUGAGCAAGGUCAUCGAUCAGACAGGGUUACCCACCUACGAAGCAGCCGCAAAGCUGGAAUCAAGUGGAUAUGUGUGAACUUAUUGACGCUCUUAGUGAAAAGAUAGAUGUGCUUUAUUAGUUUUAAUUGCGAAAGAGUCAAAAUGUAUUUUAUAGUCGCUAAAAGUGCAUGCGAUUUAUUAAAUACACAGUACAUAUAUAGCAUAAAAUAUCGUAAAAAUAUAGAAAAAAUUAUAUGCAAACAA